AUGGUUCUACUUCUACUGUCGACAUUUGAAUCCGCCACGGCGACCGAAGUCCUGAAGCUGCAGGGUCCACGGAAUAUCUCCGUCCAACUCAACCGCACAGCUCGCCUUAAAUGCCACCUCCUGGUUGCCAACACCACCGCAGGCAGUCCCGAAGUUGACGCCAACAGCGGAAGAGGACGGACCCAACUGCGAUUCAUGCCUUGGAAGGCCUCAGCCAAUCAACGAGUCAGCGUCCAGUGGAAUAUUGACGGCUUCGGAUUCACCAACGACACCCUGAUGGACAGCUUUGGCGGACGCUACUUCAUGCCCGGACAGCUGAGUGAAGGUAAUUCUCAUUCACAUUGUACAAAUGCGAUAGGCCACCGCACGUGUGAACCACAUCACAUGCGACUCAACACUCGCUCCUUAUCAGAUUCUGCGCACGUGUUGCAGUCUCUGCCUCCGCUUCCUCGCCAUCUUUGCCCGUCUGGUUAUCCCUUCCUGCACCUCUGCUUCCUCCCUCAAACCUCGACUCCCCUCUGCACUUCCAACCGGUCGUGUUCGUCUGAACGCGAUCGCCUUUCAUCCCUUCCGCCAGUGUACACUGCUAAAAAUGCCUUCCAAUUUCGAUGCACACAAUUCCCGAUUGAUGGCAUUUUGACCUUGAGACUUGAAUGUGAUUGAUUCGACCUUCACAUUUAUGACGUGCGACUCUCGGACCAGACCACUUUCAACUGCCAAGUCACCAUCCAAACUUUCGCAUUGUCGGAGCCCCUGCACGUGAAGACGCUGACCACUUCGACAAUCCUUCUGAAAAUCUACAGUCCUCCAGAAGGGCUUCUUCUGAGACACGUGACGAUGCCCGAGGCGUCAAAGCCGACCAAUAAACUGACCAACAAACCUUCGCCCGAUCACCUGCAAUCUGACAAUCCGGAGCACGGUGAAAGUCAGGCAUUCCAGCACCCCGCCUUUCCACAUUCCACUUCUCAACAGACAUUGCCAAUUCACCAGCACCACUCAAGCUCACCUGAUCGGCCAUUGGUCAGGAAUGGCAACAUCUGGGCCCUGGAGAACGACCAGGUGUCGAUGGAGUGCUCUGCGUCACCCAGCUACCCCGUCUCUCGUCUAAUGUGGGUCCUGUCGGCUGCCGAAGAUGCAGAGGAGUUACUGCCUCAACCCUGUUUUGAUUUCCAUCAAUUCGCCUGUCGAACGAGGGCGUCGUCAAGUCAACGAUACCCCAAGUGGCGAUUCGUGUUCGACGCGCGUGAACAGGAGAAAUUGGGAUUCACGAUUGUGAACAAGGAACUGCCUGCUCCUGUGGACGGAUUAUUCAUCGGAUUGAGCACAAUCACAAUUACGAUGGAUCGUUCCCUCUCCGGUCGACGUCUUGAAUGCCUCGUCCAGAAUGCGGCCGCCUUCGAACAGUCGGUCAUGCCGAAGGUCACCGCCAACCUUCAAGUUGUGUACAUACAGAAUAUGAAUAUAACCCACAACGUCUCGACCGAGGAUCGAAUGGAAGAACCCUUUCGAGAAAACGAAACCGUCCGAUUUUACUGCUCAGCCGAGGGAAACCCAAGAGGACUGCGAAAUGUGUAA